AAAAAACAAAAGCAAUCUGGUACGUGUCUCCAUUUGGUUACAAAAGAGAACAAUCAAGACCUUGAGGUUGACAACUUGGUGAUGGCCAACAAAAUGAAGGAUUUGUCGGAUUAAUGGAUUAUGAUCGGUGCAAGUAAUAACGUUUCCCCUCCUCUUUGUUUCUUGUUUGCUUGUUCGGCCAGAAUCUACGGGAAAAGUUAUCUAACAUUUCAAUAAUCUCUCAAAUUCAUUAUUAAUGCCCCCUAACUUUUUUUAAUUUUCCUCUUUAAAAAUAACAAGGAAACAGACAGUUGCCCUAUACUGAAAGCUAAAUGCUUCACCUGAAACCUCUCCUCUGCCACAUCUCUCUUUCUCUCUCACACAUACAUUAUUUCAAUUAUUGUUUUUUUUAUAACUCCAAUCUUGAAUCUUGACGAUCUCUGGUUUCUUCAUUCAAAGGAGGAGACUUUUUGGGGUUUUUAGACUUUGCUUGUCUAGUUUUGUCUUGUGUGUGGUGAUGUCUUAUAGUAAUUCAAACCCGGAAAAUUAUUCAGCUGCAACGAGCUCGCCGGAGCUUAAACUAUAUCAAGCAUUUAUCUUUUCUGUUCCAAUUUGUUUCACAUUUAUUAUUCUCUUCUUGUUUUACUUGAUCUACCUCCGUCGUAGUAGCUCUGAUUUGUCUUCUCUUGGAAUGCGAACUACUUUCAUCCCCGGGAACUCUCUCUCCACGAUUGAAUUAGGAUUGAGCAAAGAGCUGAGAGAGAUGCUUCCCAUUGUUGUCUUUAAAGAGAGCUUCACCGUAAUGGAUUCACAAUGUUCAGUGUGCCUUGGGGACUAUCAACCAAAUGACAAGCUUCAACAGAUCCCGGUAUGUAAACACACUUUUCACAUGGACUGCAUUGAUCUUUGGCUCACAUCACAUACCACUUGCCCUCUUUGCCGCCUCGCUCUAAUCCCGAGUCGUUCCCGUCAAAGCCAAGAUGAUCCUGUUCCGAGUCUCGUAAGCCCUGAUGAAGAAGUGUCGAGUCAACCAGAAUCUGAGCCAGUAAACCACAGAGUAGUGUCGACUCAACCAGAAUCUGAGCCAGUAAACCACAGUGGAGUCUCGAGUCAACCAGAAUCUCAGCCAGUAGUAAACCACAGAGGAGUCUCGAGUCAACCGGAGUCUCAGCCAGUAAACCACAUUAACGAUGGCCAUGAGCAGCAAUGUGAUCAAGAUGUAGAGGGCUUUAAGGAAAUGGAAGAGGACGAACGAAACAACAUCGGGACAUCGAGUGCUUGUUGUAGUUGUAGAACUGGUUAAGCUUAACCGUUUGUGUUCAGUCCAUAUCCCGUAAAGCUUGCUGCUUUCUUGCAUUUGUAACUUGUAACACUAGUACAUUUUCUAGGAGUGAAAAUGAGAGAUUGAUCCAUAGUAGAAACAAACAUUUUGGAAGGCAAAUACUUCUUCUCAGGGAAACUUGUCCCAUUAUCAUUUGCGUUUGCUCGCGCGCAAAAACAAAGAGUAUGGUCUGCUACAAAAUCAGCAGAUAAUCAAAUAUUCAAA